AUGCCCAAAGGCGCAUACACCACCACUCGCACGUUCGGCGGCGGUUCCCACCUUCUCCUGUGGGACUUCCACGUCGAUAGAGUCACCCAGUCGCUGCUGCUGCUCGCCGAAGCUCACCCGGAGCUGUUCCCGAACCUGUCACCGAACCUGCUGUCAAUCCGUCACGAGGCGCAGGAAGAAGAGAUCUCUCAAGAGGAGGAUCAGAAAAAGGCGGAUCAAAUCAGAGAUCUGGUUGCUGAUUUGCGCAAAGAUAUUAGAGCGUCCGUGUUUGCAGCUGUGCAAGAAAUGGUGGAGUGUGAUUGGUGGAGGAGGAACGUCCAGGGAGAGCAGAAUGGGGAACAGCAGGAACAGCCACAGCAGCAGCAGCAGCAGCAGCAGCAGCAGCAGGUGGAGAUCUGUCUGAUGAUUCUUCUCUGUGGUAAAAAAGUGUUCGUUGCUGAAGCCGCCACAGCUGCUACAGCUCCAGUAAUCAGAGAAACUGCAGAAACAGAAGCAACUGCAGCGCAUGCACGAGGCGUUGAGGUGUAUGUGCAUGCCAGCACGGUUCGCACCACGAGCCCCUUGACAUCCCUCUCCCUGCCGCCACCCGUCUGUGCUGCUGUCAUGGGGCCUGGCCGAGACACUCCACUCGCAAAAUUCUCCUCAUGGCCCCUCGUCCGCCGAGUCCUGGAGGCGGCUAGGCCAGCAGAGGCAAACGACGUGAUUCUAUCGAAUGACGGUGACGCUCUCCUCGAAGGCAUUACCUCAAACCUCUUUGUCGUGGCUCGGACCGAGCCUGCCAGUGACAGUAACCCAAGCCGUGGUUCGUCCUGGCAUGGAUUCGAGCUGCAAACAUCAUCACUUGAGAGUGGGAUCCUUCCAGGAAGCAUCCGCCGAGCCAUAAUUGACACGUGCGUAGAGAGGGGCAUUCCUCUGCGCAUCAAGACCCCGCGGUGGAACAAGCGUGCCUUGUGGGUGGAGGCUUUUGUAACAAACGCCUUGGGUAUCGUCCAGCCUGUCAGCAGCAUUCUCAUGCCUGCCACGUGGCCUCAUGAGAUCACUUAUGACAGCUGGCAGUCUGUGGACAAUUGGCUGACAUGGCAGGCUCCCACACUGGAGGAUGGUGUAAACUCGCAUUCAGCAAUCCUCUUGGGACAUGUUCGCAAGCUGCAGCAGCAGCAGCAGCAACAGCAGCAGGGGAGGCGGGCGUUCUGCGUGGAGUGUCACAAGGCGACGAGCGUGUGCAUCUGUGACCGCUUCGGCGAGCCCGUGGACAACCGCGUGGGCGUCACCAUCCUGCAGCAUCCCAAGGAGAAGUACCACCCGCUGGGCUCGGCGCGCAUUGCGCUGCUGGGGCUGCAGCGCGUGCGCGUGGUGGUGGUGCCGCUGGGGCGCGGGCGGCCGGGCUUGCAGCCCAAGGACCCCUGCUCCCGCCGCUCGCUCUUGGGGCGCUCGGGGAGGGGGCGGUGGCGCAAGGGCGCGGGGAAAACGCAGGGGCAAGGGCGGAAUCAGGGGGGAGGGCAGGGGGGAGGGCCGGGGGAGGAGAAAAUGCAGGGACAAUGGAAUGGCCAAGGGCAUGGGCAAGGGGUGGAUCAACGGGAGGGGGAAGGUCAUGGCCAGGGGCAAUGGCAGUGGCUAGGAGAAGAGCAGGGGUAUCUGGAGGGGCGAAUGCUGCAGGAGGUGGAGGAGCCAAAGCAGGGGCGGUGGGUGGACCAAGCGCAGGGGAAGGGAGAUUCGAGUGAGAAGAGCAAUGCAACGGAUGGGGAAGCAAGCAUGGGCACAGGUGGAGGGCUUAUGGUUGCCACUGCGGAUGGUGAAAGGGGUGAGGUGAGAGGGGGUGAAGUGGGAGAUGGCGAAGUGGGAGAGGGAUGUGUGGAGAACGGAGUAGAACGAGAAGAGAGCAGGGAUGUAGGAGCGAGUGGCCCAGUUAUGGGUGAGGAGCAGGGAGGAGAAACAGGAGAUGGGGCGUCAGCAGAUGAUUCAAGCUUCAAUUUAAGCUUUGACCUCCUGCCGUUUGCUGCUGCUGAUGGGGCUGAUAGUGGCAAUGGCGCCGGUACCUUUGGUAGUGAUCAUUAUGCUGAUGGGAGCAGUGAAGAGGAUGGGGGUGCCACAGCAGCAGUGGCAGUUGUCCCAGCAACCAAAUGA